AUGGUCCGCCUUCUCAACAUGCAUCUCUCUCUGAUGUUCGCGGCAAUGCUUGCCCCAGCCCUUGCGCAAAUUGACUCGAUCCCGACUCUCAUUGCACAGAUUACAUCAGCGGAUGUUGUCUCGACCACCUCUGCUUCCGUGCCCACUUCCAGCUACUCGAACUUCGCAAAUCAGUUCCUCACGCAGACCAACUCGCUUGGGGUGGUCACUGGUAUGCCAUCACUGCCAGCCGGUGUCAGCAACUUGUCGACCUUCACAUCGCAACCCGCCGUGGUCACAUCACAGCCUACUGUCGUCACUGCGCAGCCAGCAGUGGCAACUAUUCCGGCGGCGCUUCCGUCUGGUCUGAACACAAUCCACUUGGGAAAUGCAAGCUCUUUCGUCGUCAGCGUUGACACUUCGACGACUAUUAUCUUGGCUGGCACAGCCGCCCCCUCCACCCCUGGCCCAGCUCAGACUGGUCCCACAACCAUCGUUUCAGUCAUCAACUCUGGCCCAAACUCCGGCCUCGCAACUACCAUCACCACCACCCGCUCGCGUACCAGCGGCGGCGCAACGCCCACCACGGACGGCAGCUACAACUCGGACUCUCAAACGACCACAGCCGCGCCUACGAGCGUAAACACCGGCGCCGCCCAAGUGAAUGACUUCGACGCCGUCGCUGCCGCUGUUCUUGGAGCCGGUGCCCUCAUUGUAGCGUUCAUUUGA